AAAUUUCAAACCUUCGGGUCUCCAAAUGCCAUCACCAAAGAUUGGGUUCUUUGAUGAGGACAAAGCUACGAUGUCAACGGUAGGUGGAGAUUUCCUGCUUCAUUUUGGAGCGCAGAGUGCUUUGCCUAAUAUCAGUGGGGUGACAAACAGAAAAAGGCCGGAUGAACUUCAGACUACUAGAAUUUUACUAGAGAAUGGGGAUACAAAGCUUGGUUCUGUGCAAAAUGGAGUCAUAAAUCCUUCUUUGAAUGCCAUUUGCAAAUAUGCAGCACAGAAUCAAGAGCUAGAUAAAAAUUCCCCAAAAAUGUCCAGCACGUCUGCAACCUCGAGAUACUUACCAGGGAAAACUUCAAAAGGUCAGACUGAUACAUCUCCUCUAUUGUGCAGAGAAAAUUGCUCAAGAUCUAGUAAAGCUAUUGAUGGGGGACAUAAUUCAAAAAAACUAGGCCUGCAUUCUAGUUUGAAGGCAGAAAGGAAAAGAACAGAAGGCAUAUUGAAAAAUGAAAUGGGUGGACAGAGCAAGAGGCCAAUGACGAAAGAACAUAAAAGGGCCAGCUGGCGCCCUCUUGAGAAUGAUCCUUAUUCACUUCAUGACAAUGAAAAAGAAAACAUACCUAGUUUUGAAGAUCAUGUUAAUGGUUUAAGUAGAUGUUUGGAGGUCAUUGAUCUCAAUAGGGACACGGUGAUAGAGCUUGAAGGGAAGAGGGGUUGCUGUCAUUCCCACCUUGGUGACAAUUUUGCUGAAAAUGACAGAGCCCCCAUAUAUUCAUCAUCCUUCUCUAAGGGGUACCAUUUUUCCCACCAGCAGGUUUCACCAAAUAUGCUGUCAAAGACUGGACCACUCUCUCUUUCGACGACAGUUGAGUUCAUGCCCAGCACAAGAACUCCAUUGGCGGACAAAAAUUCUGCUCCCAUGUAGCAGCAGAUUAAUUCAAGUUUAUAACAGAAUCAGAUUCAACAGUAGACGAGGCAGCGGAAAAGGUGUCAAAACACUUCAUUACAUGGCAUUGGAGAUCAGAAUUGCUGAGUUCUACUCAUGAGUCUUGUGCAAGUAUGCCUACAAGGUACGUGCCUUUUUUUUUUUUCCUUCCUGAACCUAGGAUCAACAUUUCAAGGCAUGGGUCUCUGUUCUAUAUUCUUCUGUGAACACUUCCCAUAUAUUAGCAAAUUGUACGAUCAAGCUUGUCAUUUUGUGUUUUUUGAUUGUGCAAGAGUUUAAUUGGAUUGGAGUUCAUAGUUCUUGUACAGGAAAAAUUGUUCCUGAAUAAACACAUACUAUUUGUCGGAUCAGAUAUAAUAAAUGUGUUGUAUUUCUCAUCUGUUUUGAGAUUUGAA